GCGCUGGGGGCGGAGCCGCGCGAGGGGCGGGAGCGGCCGGGCUGGGCGCCUGGCGAUGGGUGGGGGGGCCAACUUCCUGGGGCCGCCCGUGAGGAUGUCGCGACCGCCCCCCGGUGCCCCUCAGUCCCGGAGACGCCGCCGCUGCGGAGCCCGGAGCCCCCCUGCCUGAGGCGGCCCGGAUUCGGCCCCUCCCCUCCCAGGUGAGGACCGCCGGGCGGGCGGGCGGGCGGCCGCGGCAGAUUUUAUCAUGUGGGCAACCUGCUGCAACUGGUUCUGCUUGGAUGGACAGCCUGAGGAGGCCCCACCGGCGCAGGGAGCCAGGACGCAGGCCUACUCCAACCCUGGGUACAGCUCCUUCCCUUCCCCAACGGGCUCGGAACCAGGCUGCAAGGCCUGUGGGGCCCACUUCGCAAACAUGGCCAGGAAGCAGCAGACCUGCCUCGACUGCAAGAAAAAUUUCUGCAUGACCUGUUCUACCCAAGUGGGGAACGGACCCCGCCUCUGCCUCCUCUGCCAGCGAGUCCGAGCCACUGCCUUUCAGCGGGAGGAGCUCAUGAAGAUGAAGGUGAAGGACCUGAGGGACUAUCUCAGCCUCCAUGACGUCUCCACCGAAAUGUGCCGGGAGAAAGAGGAGCUGGUGCUCCUGGUGCUUGGCCAGCAGCCUGUAAUCUCUCAGGAGGGCAGGACUCGCGCCCCCACCCUGUCCCCGGACUUCCCCGAGCACCAGGCCUUCCGGACGCAGCCUCGGGCCAGCACAGUACCUCCUACCUCGGCGAGACUCCCCUCUUCGCCCGCACAAGCCACCUCUGUGUCCCCCGCCCAGGCUCAGGAAAGCCAGCAGGCCAAUGGCCAUGUGUCUCAGGACCAAGAGGAACCUGUCUACCUGGAGAGCACAGCCAGAGCACCUGCUGAGGAGGAGACCCAGUCUGUCGACUCAGAGGACAGCUUCGUCCCGGGCCGGAGGGCCUCCCUGUCUGACCUGACUGACCUGGAGGACAUCGAAGGUCUGACCGUGCGGCAGCUGAAAGAGAUCCUGGCGCGCAACUUCGUCAACUACAAGGGCUGCUGCGAGAAGUGGGAGCUGAUGGAGAGGGUGACGCGGCUGUACAAGGACCAGAAGGGGCUCCAGCACCUGGAGCCUGGGUUUGCACUGAAGAGUUCCUGGACUGAAUCCGUAGCCUUUCCCACCUCGUGCCACCCCGCCAUAACCGCUAGCACUACAGCAAUGCUGUUCUCAACAGCUGGGAGACGAGGAAGUGAACCCAUGUGUGUGGUGCUGAAGACCAAAACGGUGGAGCAGUGCCGCCCAGCGUGGAGGAGAACCUGUGCAGGAUCUGCAUGGACUCGCCCAUUGACUGUGUCUUGCUGGAGUGCGGUCACAUGGUCACCUGCACCAAGUGUGGCAAGCGCAUGAAUGAGUGUCCCAUCUGUCGGCAGUAUGUGAUCCGAGCCGUGCACGUCUUCAGAUCCUGAGGGCUGGCGCCGGCUUCUUCAGUGCCUUACAGGGACAGAGCUGGAAGGGUCUGGGCUCCAGAAUGACCAGCUUGCAGAGGGGCAGGCUAACAAGAGAAUCUGCAAGCAAAGAUGCGGUCACCUCUGGGCAUGCCUGUCCCACCUCGGCGGCGCACCUCUUGGCUGGCGGAGCCCGAGGCCGGUGGGAACUGGUACAGAUCGCGUGGGCAAGUCCCUGUUCCAGUGAUCUUGGGGUAAUGAUGGUAAUUGAUGAAGAGAGGAUUUUCCAGAACUUGGACCAGAUUUUCCUCCCUUCCUCUGUAAACCUAACAGUUUCCCCCUCCCCCCUGUACCCAGGCCAUCCCUGAGCCACCUGUGUUCCAGCGGUCAGAGGUCCUGGUAGAAAUGGUUCUCUUCCUCCCCAGCACAUUUGGGUUUAUUUCUGGUCUCUGGCUUUCUGUGCUUUAACCAGCUUUGCUAGUCUCUUGCUACAUUGCCUAAAAUUUGUUUCUUCAGACCAAAAAGAUGUUAGCUUACCAGACCAAUAGUGAUCCUCCUUAGGACUAAAUCUGGACCAGUAAACUUUUUCUCUGGUGAGAAAUGAAACACAAAUGCUAUUGGAAAAUUGCAAAGUCAUUUAGAGUUGCUUCCUGAAGUGCUGGGAUUGGAAGCGAGGAGUCUCCUGACUGAACCUUGGGAGGUAGCAAAGCAUCUGCAGGGAAGUUUAAGUCUGUGUAUGUGAGAUGGCACGGGCAUCGAGCUCUGGUGCUCUUAGGGCCUGUGCGCCACCCUUGAUUUUAGUUUACGAGAAAAGGGAGUUUUGGGUGGAAACUGCUUAAUUUUGACUUCUCCAACACAAAGGAACUGCAAACCACUUUCCCCUGGGAAUGAAGUCCCUCUCCCACGGAGGUUUUAAACAUGGUCUCACUAAGGCAUAGAGACUAAGGCAAAGAGCCUUGCUCUUCUCUAGCCACACUUCUCAUGAAGUUCCUGGAGACUGAAACUGAACACCUAAGGGGUAUUGGAAGAUACUGAAUGGGACUGGAUUCAACCCUGGGGCAGACAGCUGCAAGUCUUGAUUCCCUAGGUUAGCGGGGACUCCCCGCUUCCAUUUCCUUCCUUAGCCUACUGAUUUGAGGGGAGGUCUAGAAGAAGCAUUCUCGAGCCCUCUUAGGGUGGGUCUACCACUGGAAGAGCCAAAGGGCUUAAGUUUGCUGGAGCAGCAAGGCCAAGAACAUGUGGUAUCAGAAGAGCUGUGUGUGCUGCCGUUCCCCGGGGGUGAACUACACAACCCCUAAGCUCCAGAGGGCCUUAGCAGACCACUUGCUACCCUUUCCCCCUGCUGUGCAGUCAAAUUCUCACAGACUGGAAGCAGUCAGGACUUUGGAAAACAGUGGGAAACCUCCAAGGGGACCUGCUUAUUGGUACAGACAUACUUAGGCCUCCCCCCACCAACCACUAUUCCCCUUCAGAAGAACGAAAUUAUUUCAUAAAGCAGUUGUCGGUUGCACACUAGGCCACUUACCUUGACAUUACACCCAAGUCCUGGAUGAUCUGAUUCUGGGACAGCCUUUGUAGGAAUCGGGGGAAUCAAGAGAGAGGUCUGCGAUGAGGACCUUUCACUCUUCUGCUGGACAGUACCUACUACCGUUUACAAUGCCUGCCAGCUUAGCAGAGGAUUCAGCUGCUUCUCGAUUCCAUUGUAACAGGUGUGUGUGUAUAUAUACACAUAUAUAUGCAACUUAGUUACGAUCUAGCAAUAACUUCAGGGCAGAAGCUGGCUCUCUCCCUACUUAAAACCUGCUUUCACUGCUGAGGCCUUACCUCUCCUACCUCCCACAUUCCCUCCUAGACAGAAGUUAAAAAUAAUAUCCUGAAGGUUGGUUAGUAACCUCAGUAAGAAUUAGAACUGCUAUCAUUUGCUCAUUUUGGAGAAAGAACUUGCCUUUAAGUCUUUUGAUCUCGGUGAAGGUUUCCAUUCAGGAAAAAAGAUGUCAAACCACCCUGAUUUGUUGUUCAUCAUUAUUACACCAAAUAAAGGCUGGGAAUUCCAAGAUCCCAUUUCAGUUACUAUCCAGUCUAGGUAGAAAACUUGAUUUUUAUCUCCAAGUGCUCUCCCUUGCCCCUCAUGGAUCCUUGGUCUCAAUUAUCAUGAAACAUCUUAAUUCUUCCAAUUAUUCCAUAGCUUUGGCUGUGAUCGUUUUGAGACUUGUUUUAAGACUUGGAAGAGCUGACUGGUUCUCAGUACCCUGGAAUAGCUGGAUCCAAGCUCGUACCCAGAAGCUGUGCAGGAGUCUGUGCACAAUAUAUAUUGUAUAAAUUUGUUGAAAUCUUUCA